AUGACCAUGACCAUGCCCAUGCCCGGGAUGUUGGUGUGGGGGAGGCGAGCGCUUGCGCCUGUCAGGUUGCCAUCGCCACGUCGCGCUAGCAGCAAAGAAAAAAAGAAGUACCGCGCAUCACGUCGGUCGCUCACGGGCCAGAGAACCAAAGGACUCCCCGAGAGGCUUGCGAUGUCUGGCCUGGUCUGGUUGCCGACGUACGUACGUGCAAAUGCAAAUGGCAAGGACCUCAAUGCCCGUCGGCGAUUGACGGCAGUAUAUUGUCUGUCAGGUAUGCUCUGCCCAGGCCCGGGGCAGGCAAUGGAAGUCGAGGACGGCAUCGCGCGUCCAGGCAAGAAGGAGUGCCAAUGGGCGUUUCGGGGCCGGAAAGUGCCAGAUAAGGUGCGGCCGGCAAGCCAAGCCAAGCCAUGGCAAUCGCCCAGCAUCACGCAAGCCCGCAUCACCUCGCAGGCAGAGUUGAAGCGUGUGUGGUGGACUACGAAAGGUGGACUUCCCGCCACUUCGAGAUGUUAUUCGAAGGAUGAGACUGCGUGGUGGGGUCUUCUCGGUGCCGGACCAGACACCCACCACUGGAAGGAGGGGCCUGUCGUCGAGUCUGCUGUCAGAUAUCGACAUCUGAAGAAGAAGGUUUGA